AUGGCGACCGCUACCAAAAUCCAUCUGUCGCCGCCGACGGACGCAGGCGUCUACAGCUCCGGUGUUAGGGAGGAUGGCGCGCGGGCGGCGAGCGAGGUCUUGCAGGAGGAUAUGGCGGCGCAUCACGUCUUUUUCAAUAAUGAGGGAUUCCACAACCACAUCGUCCACCUUAUCCUCAGCAUCUAUGCACUCGGCGCAGGCCCCGCAGAGAUCAAAGCGGCCUACAAGCGCAAUGCGAGCUACCAGAGACCGGUUUUCCCAACGGAUACCAAUCGCGUCCAAGCCAUGCGCGACACGGCUACGUUUAUGCAGUGUCUCGGGAAGGAGGAGAACUAUUCUAAUUUCCUUGCUUUCUUCCAGCAGGAGAUCAAUGCUAAGGGUGUUGGCGAUGUGUUGAAGGAAUAUAUUUUCAAGGGCGAUGAGAGGGCUGAGAGCAUGUUGUCGCGGCUUCCAGGCCUCAUCCACCCGCUCAUCCACCUGGGGUUCGGGCUCGAGUUUAACCAGCCGGCUAUCGUGGCGCAGGCUCUUUCACAGGCGGCCGUCCACGAUGACUGGAUUGGGCGUGCGUUUUUCCUGCCUGCUGAGAAGAUGGCGAACAGCACUGCCACACCUGGACAGAAGUCUCUGCUCGAAAUCCUGGGUGAGAUUCGUGCAGACAAGGCCCUGACGGAGAGUGUGCAGUGGGGGGACGCGAAUAAGAUCCGAGAUGGGGUGUUGACGCGCGCCCCCGAGCGGAUGUUGAGCUAUGCUGCCAAGUACCGCGUGGCCGGAGAUCGGAUGAAUGAGGCCCUGGCGGACAUGAUCAACACGGUUGUGUACUAUACCAGCGCCGCACAGCGACCAACCAAAGAGAUCCGAAUCGACUUCUUCUACAUCCACUGCGUGAACUCGACGAUUUUCUUCUCGAAGAUCAUCGACCUGCCCUUCUUGGACGAAGCGGCCAAGGUCCGCAUGCUGGAGUGGAAAGGCCGACUGGAUCUCUUGAUGUAUGUGUCUCGCGGGGCGCCAGACCUUCUCCCGAGCGAGGUCACCAAGUACCCCGCGAAAGACGAUUGGGCCACCGUCUUUUCGCGCAGUAUCACUCACCCCGGUGAUGAUGGGCAUCUUGCCAAACUGGCGCGAGCGGUGGCUCACGGGCAGAGGGUCUGCCAGCCGUUUGAGAGUCAGCAGAAGAUGCCGAUUUCGGGAGAUAUGUGGCUGAAGAUUGGGAAUAUGGCCGUCGACUCCACUAUUGCAGAGGAUGAGCGGCCGAUGUGGAUCCGCUCCACUGGAUUCGACGAAGCAUGGGCACGGUUCAAGGGACGGGCUAACAACUUAUGA